AAUAGAGUUUGCGAAAUGAAAAUGUAGUUUCCGAAAAGAAUAAGAGUUAAGUGACAACAUAGGUAUACACCAUUAAGCUUCACUAAAUUUACAAUAUGUAAACUCCAGUUUAUGAUAUAAGCAACCAAGCUAAACUCUCAAAGUAAUCAGUUACAGGGUAAAUGGCUUCUGCAUUACCUCAACUCAUCCUCAUUUUCCUCAUAAUCAUUUCCAUCUUCUCAUCCCAAGUUUUUUCGAUAUCGAUGUCGGAAUGCCAGGUGGAAUCUAGUAUCAGCUGCAUUGACAAAAACCAGGCAUUGUCGCUUAAGAUCAUAGCAAUAUUCUCAAUUCUAGUAACCAGUGUAAUUGGUGUCACAUUACCACUUCUCACGCGUUCUAUUCCAGCUUUCAGUCCGGAAAGAAAUUUGUUUGUGAUCGUUAAGGCAUUUGCAGCUGGAAUCAUUCUUGCCACGGGGUUCAUGCACGUUUUGCCAGACUCAUUUGACAUGUUAAGCUCAAGUUGUUUAGCGGAAAAUCCAUGGCACAACUUUCCGUUUACUGGACUUGUUGCCAUGCUGUCCGCGGUAGUUACACUGAUGAUUGACUCGAUGGCCACAAGUUUUUAUAGCGCUAAAAGUAGUGCAGAUACUAAACCAGAGGAUCAAUUUGCAAGCAGAGAGAUGGGAACUACUGCUGGACAUUUUCAUGGACACCAUCAUGAAAAUUCACAGCUUAUACGUUACCGUGUGAUUGCCAUGGUGCUAGAGCUGGGGAUCGUGGUGCAUUCUGUAGUGAUCGGAAUUUCACUAGGAGCAUCAAACAAUACAUGCACAAUUAAGCCCCUUGUAGCUGCCCUCUGCUUCCAUCAAAUGUUUGAAGGAAUAGGCCUCGGUGGUUCCAUCCUCCAGGCAGAGUACAAGACUGUGAAGAAGACUGUGAUGGUGUUUUUCUUCUCGGUGACCAAUCCAUUUGGCAUUGCACUGGGAAUUGCAUUGUCGAAAAUGUACAAAGAAAACAGUCCUGCCUCAUUAAUCACCGUCGGGUUGUUGAAUGCAUCAUCAGCAGGGCUUUUGAUCUAUAUGGCAUUGGUGGAUCUGCUUGCUGCAGAUUUCAUGGGUCCGAAGUUACAAGGCAGCAUUAGACUACAGAUUAAAGCUUUUACCGCGGUUCUUUUAGGUGCUGGCGCAAUGUCUCUUCUGGCCAAAUGGACAUGAAUGUAAAUCAUCAUUAGCAUACAAAUUGUAGUCUAAUCAAUUCGCUGUUUUUGGUUUUAUUGAGCUAUGUUUAUGGGUGAAUCUGAGUAAAGGAUCUAAACCAAGUCAAAAUCUACUUUAGCUAACAACAAAUCUUG